CGCCCCCUCGCGACCAACGAGCCAAUGGAGGAGUGCUAUGAGGUUGCUAAGGGAAACUCUAGAGGCAAGAUGGCGUCCGCCCGUGAUGGGUGCGCGAGCUCCCGCCUGGCGCGCCGAGACCCGCCGGUUCGGCCACUGCGGGAUGGUUACGGAGUCUUCGUUUACCCGAAUUCUUUCUUUUGAUAUGAAGGAGAAUGGAGAGGAAGCAGGAAACAUGGUCAGGGCAAACUUCUGCUUAAAGACGGGAGUUACUACGAAGGCGAGUUUGUAGACGGAGAGAUCACGGGAGAGGGCUGCCGGCACUGGGCCCUGACGGGGAACACCUACACCGGACAGUUUGUUUUGGGAGAACCCCAAGGACAUGGCGUCAUGAAGUACAAAGCCGGCGGACGUUACGAAGGGGAGCUCUCCUGCAGCCUGAGAGAAGGACAGGGGCACCUGGUGGACGCAGAUGGACAAGUGUACUGGGGGUCAUUUCACGACAACAAGCGGCACGGCCAAGGGCGGAUGGUCUUCCGGAACGGAGAUGAGUACGAGGGCAACUGGGUCUGGGACCAGCGCCAGGGCCAUGGGACACUGCGCCAUGCGGACGGCUCCAUCUAUCGGGGACAGUGGCACGGUGACGUGUUCAGUGGAGAGGGCAGCGUGGCCCACUGCUCCGGGGGCGUCUACCGAGGGGUGUGGAUCAAUGGCCACCCCGUGACACAAGCCACAGGGAUCGUGAUUUUGGGUCCGGAGGGGAUGGAAGUGGCCCAGGGAUCUUCCUUCACAUUGACCAUCCAGCUGCAGCGGGACGGUGGGGAAGUUGCCACGAGUGAGGACGGCCGGGUGGUGGAGAUCUCCGCGGGCGUCCGAUACACGCAGCUCCCAGCCUACUUGGAGGUCAGCUUUUUCAAAGUGGACGAUGGUCACAGAGAGACACCCAUCCAGACCCCGUUGUGA